CAGCCACGCUCUGUCAAUAUGAAAAGCGACGAGAUCAUUGAGAAAAUACGCAACAAGCUCAAGGAGUCGGAUCCCAACAAACGAACUGUGGUCAACACAUUUCAGUUCAAUUUUACGGAUACCGAUGGCAAACUCAUUAAGAGCAUGGCUCUGGACAUUUAUGAAGGCACCGCAGCUAAUGCCGACGGCCGGGUUACAAUAGCUGAUGAGGACUUUUAUUUGGUCGGUACUAAGCAAAAGAGCUUUGAGCAAAUGUUGGAACUGGAUAAGGCUAAAGUCGAUGGCGAUGCGGAUGCCAUUAACAAAAUGUUGGACAAAUUUCGUCUAAAUUCGCAAAAGUAAAAAUAAAUUAAAUUCUGUAUAAUUUACAUGUGCAAUUUGCAAUUA